GUUAAAGCACAAAAGUGUGGUUAUUAUAACAUAAUUUAUUGUUUUUGUUUAUAAUUAACGUUUAUUUAAUUAUUAAAACGAUGAAUUUGAAACAAGAACCCUCCGAUUCAUAUGUAGGGGUUGUUAAAACGGAAUCAGGCGUUGUUUCCGAGCAAACAGAGGAAAAUGAUUGGUGUUCUAUAAAACAAGAACCAUUUAAAAACGAUCAUUAUAUUCUCGGAUUUGGCGAUACUGACGAUAAUAAUAGCGAAUAUAAAGUUACUGAGUAUUUAGUAAAUGUUGGUAAAUUUAAAGAAGAAAUAGACGAACGUGUAGUGCCGAAAAUUGAAUAUCAACUUCAGGAUUUUCCAGAAAAAAUCGAGUGUGAUUCAAUACAAUUUGUUUCUGACACUAUUAAAAAAGAAAUUGAUGUUUACGAUGUCGUUGACAUUAGCGAAACCAAGCAAGAAGUUAGUGAUAGUGAAUAUAAACAAUUUAAAACUGAGACAGAACUCUUGACUACUUAUUGUGAUUUACCCACUUUAAAAAGUGAAAGUACUGAAUAUUUGGACAAUUUCGUACAGCCAUGUAGCAGUAAAUAUGAGGGAAAUACAUUGAAAACGUUAAAAACUACAACAAAUGUUAUUUUUAAGAAAAAGAAGAAGCUAUAUCGUUGCCUUAUCUGCCAAAAAAGUUUCUCUUCUUCGUUGUUAAGAUCGACUCACAUUGAUGGACAUUUUGAGAAAUGCUACGCAGUUUGUCAAAUUUGUGGAAAAUUUAUGAAAAAAAUUGAUUUUUUUCAACAUUUUCAUAUUCAUGCAGUGAACAAUAGAAUUAAGAAUCACAUUGACGAUAAACCUUCUAAAUAUAAUUUUUCUUAUAGAGAAUUGAUCAAAAGAAAAAGAGUUAAGCAAAAAUAUAAUUUACAAAAACAUUGUGGAAAAAAGUUAUUUAAAUGUAAACUUUGUUCUGCAGGUUUUACUAAUGAAUGUACCUUACUAAAACAUUUACUAAUUCACGAAAAAAAUGCAAAACCAUUUGAAUGUGAUAUUUGUUGCAAACGUUUUAGUGAUAAAUCUGUCUGUCAGAGACAUUCAUUAAUUCACAGGGAUGAUAAACCAUUCAAAUGUGACAUGUGUUCCAAAGGGUUUAAUGAUAGAUCUGCCUUACAGAAACAUUUGAUAAUUCAUAGUGAUGAAAAACCAUUUAAAUGUUACGUUUGUUCCAGAGGAUUUAAACAAAUGUCUCAUUUACGGACACAUUUAAUAAUUCACACUGGUGACAAACCAUUCAAGUGCGACAUUUGUUCCAAAAGAUUUAGUCGGAACUCUAUCUUACAGGUACAUUUAAUAAUUCACACUGGUGAUAAACCGUUCAAGUGCGAUAUUUGUUGCAAACGUUUUAGUCAUAAAUCUGCUAUGCGAAGACAUUUAAUUCGCAGUAGUAUCCAUGAUAAAAUACGAAACGCACGAAAAAAGUAGUCAAAUUAAUAAGAGAGAAAAUGAAAAUAAACAGUAACAUUAGAAAUG